UCGAGCCACGCCCCUUGGAAUCCACACGUCAGACGGACAGCUCGGCUUAGCCAAUCAGAUCCACGUACAAAGAGACAAUGUUCUAUCUCCGCCAAUCACAGACGUCGAGAGGCUGCCGUUAUGUGCCUCGUUACCACAGAGAUGAUGUUACGCGUUAUUUGGCUCCCACUGAGUCAACGGAGUACUUUCUCUGGGUAUCAGGAGGAUUGUGUCGGGACCUAAAGCCGUGAAACCGAACACAGAGCGUAUCAGCAAUGGUGCCAUCCAGCUUGUGAAGAAGUUUUUUUAAAGGAUGCAUGCAACACGUAGCCCUUCAUCCAUCCCGACAGCGGCCUCAGGAGAUGCCUUGGACCUCAGCUUGGCAGGCUCCCAGCUGUCCAUGUCCAGAAGGCCCAGCAGUGCAUCACCUGGGAAGUACUUCUCUCGGUCCGUGUCGGUUUCUGUGGCUGGUGACAGCAGAGGAAAACGCAACACCCUGAGUGAUGCCAGCUUUGGGAGCUCCCGCUCCAUCAAGAACCUCCGGCGGUGCAACAGCACCACGCAGGUUAAUCAGCAGGCCAACAUCAGUUUAAGUCAGGACCAGAGUCAGGACUACCUGGCCCUGUUCGACAGCAGCUCAGAUGGACGCCAGAAACUGGCCAGCCUCAGCAAAGCCUCACCAGACAGAACCACGUGGAACAUCCUGGACGAUCAGCCCAGAACCUUCCCGCUGCACUCGAGCUCCCGCAGCACUGGCAGCGUGGACUCUCCCACCGGCCCGAAGAAAAGAGAGCCUGGCAUCGCUCUGGCUGCUACCUUCACUGCCAACAACAGGAGCAACAAGGGAGCUGUGGGGAACUCGGUCACCACCAUCUUACACAACAACUACUCUGAGAAACCACUGACGCCCAAGAGCUCCAACCAGAGGCCGUCCUUUAACAACAUCCUGAAGGCCACAGCAAACGAUGAGGUGUCACAAGACAACAGCUCCCUGACAAAGUCCCAGAAGAAUUUCUCCUCAACGUCCUCCACCUCCAACAACAGGUCUCCGGUGUCGGCUCAGCGCGGCAGCCCCGUCCCGUCCCGACGGAGGGAGGUCACCGAGGAGGAGGCCGAGAGGUUUAUUCAGCAGGUGAACCAGGCAGCGGUCACCAUCCAGCGCUGGUACAGACGCCACGCCAAGAGACGGCACACUAACCAGGCGGCGCUCAAACGCAUCCUCGCCAGUAAAAGAAAGGAGUGGGAGGAGAGAACAGAAGAGGACAGUCGCCCGGAGCAGCAGCAGAAGAGAGACGAAGACAGGAAACGGAUUCGUGAGGAGAAAGCUCGCCAAGCCCGCCUGGCUGCCAUCCAGGAGCUACAGCAGAAACAAGCUCAGCGGGUUGCAGAGGCUCAGCAUGCAGCGGAGGUGGAGCUGGAGAGUCUGAGGCCGACUGGCGCAUUCGGACGCAAGAAGCCGCCCAAGAUUUCUCUCACCAACAGAAGUCCAGCCUCACCGGGCAACAACAGCCCGAUGUCACCCACUGAGGGGAAAGCUAAGAACACCGAGUCCAAUUGGAAUGUUACAGCUGACUUAAUUGAGCUGAGCUUCAGGGCCAUUUCCCCAGCUUUGUCCAAUCACAGAGGCUCUCAGUGCUCUCAGGAGGACAGAGCCGAGGCAGAGGUUUGUCUGGUGCAGCAGCAGAACGACAGGAAGUCUCUUCGUAAAGAGAAAGCCCGUCUGGUCCUCCUCGCUACCACGCAGGUGAACACACCUGAGGAGCUGCAGCAGAAAAGAGUGCAGCGCUCUGCAGAGCCUCAGCAUGAGGUGGAGCUGGAGAGUCUGAGACAAACGGGUGUGGUCGGACGCAGGAAGAUUUCUCUCACCAACAAAGGUCCGGCCUCAGCGGGCAACAACAGCCCGACGUCAUCCACAGAUGUGAAGGCUAAAAACACAGACUCCAAUCUGAACGUUGUGGCUGAGUUCGGUGAGCUCUCCAGCUUCAGAGCAGUUUCCCCAGCUUUGUCUAAUUGCAGAGCCUCCCAGUGUUCCCAGGAGAUCCUGCAGAGGUCGGUGAGUGUGGAGGACCAGCGGCAGGGAGCUUUGUCCAGCAGAGCUCCGUCUAAAACCACCCUGAACGAUCUGCUGGACACCCUGAAGCUGUUGGAGGAGGAGCCAGAGAGGCUGUCACAGCCCAAGUGCUACAGCAAAGAGAAAUACGCCUGGAUAGAUGAGGACGGAGACUCCAACUCUCUGACCACCGACAACCUGGAGCGUCACGGCCAGCUGAGUCACCAUCCCGCGCUGCCAGACGGGGGCGCCCUGCUCUCCGAGGCCAAGCUGCAGAGCAUCAUGAGCUUCCUGGACGAGAUGGAGAAGUCUGAACAGGAGAGACCACGCUCGGUGACUUCGGGGUCGCACAGAGAGGCCGUGCUGUCGGAGGAGGAGCUGGUUGGUGUUGAGCAGGCGUCCGCCACCGCCGCCGAAGUCUCCGGCUCCAUGAUGAGAAUCAAGCUGGAGCUGGAGGAGAAGAAUCGCGCAGUCAACAUGCUGCAGACCGCACUGGGCCAGCAGAGGGAGCUCACCGUGAGACACGUGAAGGAGACCGAGAAGGAGCUGAGCAGGAGCUUCCAGCUCCAGAGGGAACAAUAUGAAGCCACCAUCCAGAGACACCUCACAUUCAUCGAUCAGCUGAUCAACGAUAAAAAGCUGUUGACUGAGCGCUGUGAAGGAGUGUUGGGAGAGCUGAAGCAGGUGGACCAAAAGUACACCAAGAAGAUUGCACAGAUGCAGGAGCAGCAUGAGAUGGUGUGGCAAAUUCUGGGUCCCUUGUGCGAGGAAAUCAAGAAGUUAAAAGAGCUAAUGAGCGCCACGGAGAAGAUCCGCCGGGAGAAAUGGAUCGACGAGAAAACCAAGAAGAUCAAAGAGAUCACUGUGAAAGGUCUGGAGCCAGAGAUCCAGAAGCUGAUCUCGAAGCACAAACAGGAGCUGAAGAAGCUGCGGACGCUCCACGAGGCGGAGCUGCUGCAGGGGGACGACCGGGUGGCCCAGCGCUACGUCCGCCAGUGUGAGGAGCUCCGCCAACAGCUGGAGAGGGAGAAGGAGGAGCAGUGUCAGAGAGAGAGGGAGCUAGCCAAACAGAGAUAUGAGAAGCAGCUUCAGGAGGAGGAGCUAUCGCUGCAGCAGCAGAGGAGGCGGCUCUACAAGGAGGUGGCUGAUGAGAAAGAGAGGCUGGCUCAGCUGGCUGCAAGGCAGCGCAGCGAGCUGGAGGAUCUGCGGAGGCAGCUGGAAGAGAACAGCUCUCUGGCUGGGAGGGCCCUCCGAGAAGAGCUAGACAAGACCAGAGAGGAGCAGGAGAGGAGGCACCAGGUGGAGAUGAAGGCCUUACAAGAACGUUUGGACAUCGAAAAGCAGAUGUGGGAGCAAAACUACAAGAAAAAAGAGGAAGCGUGGCUGCUGAGCCGCGAGCGCGAGCUCAAAGAAGAACUGCGACGAGGACGCGACAAAGAGAUCGAGCUCGCCAUCUGGACGCUGGAGGAGGAGACCAGCAAGGACAAGGAGGAGUGUGAGAGGGCAGCUGACAACAGGGUGAAGCGGGUGAGGGAUAAGUACGAGGCGGAGCUGAGGGAGCUGGAGCGCUCUGAGAGGGCGGCUGUGGAGAAACAACAGGAGCUGAGGAGGCAGCAGAUGGAGGCGGAGGGAGAGCGGAUCAGACUGCAGGCCGUGCUCCGACAGAAAGAACAGGAGACCGAGGACGUCACUCAGACCAGGGACAAGCUGGUGGACGAGCGCCGCAGCCUGGCCGAGGUGAUACGGCAGGAGUUCGCCGACCGGCUGGUGAUGACGGAGGAGGAGAACCGCAGGAUGAAGGUGGAGGUGUCAGAGGUCCGAGCGAGGCUCCGGCUGGAGGUGGAGAGAGUCACCAGGGAGAAGGAGGAGGAACUGGCUGAAGUCCACCAACGAGUGAAGUCGGCCAUCUUGAAGAAAGAGGAAACUGUUAGUCAUCUCCGGAAGCAGCACGAGGCUGCCCUGAAGAGGGCGGACAACCUGGAGGCCCUGUGGGAGCAGCAGAGGAAGCAGCUGCUGGAGAAGUGACCGACAGGAGGCCCCCCCCCCCCGUUUCCUAUCAUUGUGUCGCUGUGAAGCCCCCACUGGAUUUCUGUUUUUUCUUUGGAUGCAAGACUGAACCUGUGGAACUUCAGAAGGGUGAACAAGUGACUGAACCUUCUCCUACCCUCCCCCCCCCAGGCAUGAAGCAGCGUGUUGUUGGAACUUCCCUAAUUUCCAUGCCACAGACCAGGUGGCACAAAUUCUUCUUCUUUCCUUUCCCGAGGAGGACUGCUGACUGUUACUGUACCCCCCCCCCCCCCCCCCCCCUUCCUCUGGUGCAGGAAUGCCUAAAUGUUCCCCACAGAGCUGCCACGGAGAACAGUUCCAGAUGUUUCUGAAACAAGCACGAAGAAACCUGCGCUGGUUUGAAGUGGGAGAGGUGUGGUGGGAGUGCGGGGGGGGGGGUGCUCUUUCUGGAGGACCACUUUCAACCAGGAACUGGGAUCAGUCAGAGCUGUAGAAUUAUCUUCUGUUGGGACCAAGUGGAGCUCCUGGUGCCCCCUUUUAUCUGCUGAGUCGUGUGUUUUUGUCCCAGUGCCCCAUGAAGGCGAGUGAGUGCUGUUUACAGGAUAACCUCUCCCUCACAGAGCCCCGGGUCUCUGAGCAGCGUGUUCUGUGGACCUGACGUUAGAAGUGAAGUACUGACACGUGGUUACAGACUGAAGUUACAGUGCAUGUAGGAUGCUGAUAGAAAGAGCGAUUGAUGAGUGGACAACUUUAUAAAGAAAGGAAAAGGACGAGUGGAGAAGAAGGUUUGAGUUGAAAGACGGAGGAUUGUAGGCUUUGGAAGUUUCUGAAUGUGAGGAAGAAAGAAGAGGAGAGAGGAUUGGAGGGGUGGGGGGAGGAAGGAGGAAGGAAUGUGCAUAGAAAAUGUUUAUAAGAUUAGGAAAGCAGAGCUGGGACAGAUCCGGGUGGUAGGAGGGUCUGAGGGGGCACAAAGCAUGUGACCAGAGGUAUGUUUCACCGCCCUGACUCAGAGGCUGCACUGUGACAAAACACACACACACACACACACACACACACACUACCUGUGUUGGGAUGUUUAGUGAUGCUCUCAGGAGCCACCAGCUCUCCUCACUUCAUUGUGACCCUGACGUUGGUUGAAGAUGAGUCGAAGCCCCUCUCACUGACACUGAAAGCCUCUGUGGAUAAGAUUUCAGUGAGAACGGUCCAUAGCAUGAGUUAGUGUGUGUGUGUGUGUGUGUGUGUGUGGGGGGGGCUAAACCUGAAGAUGAAGUUAUUUCGUGUGCAACAUGAUGUGAAAUGAUGUGAUUGUAAAGAUCCCAAACUCGCCCUCACAUACCAACAUAUUUAUUGAGUUCCUCUGUUCUUUAUUUAUUUCCCAGCUCAGCGCUCUUACACAACCCUUUGUGGUGGUGUUGGUCCACACGAUGGUCCUUUGAAGUAUUCUUCUCUCAAAGCUCGUCAGCACAUCAAGUGUUUUUACUGUAACUUAUCAGAGCGGCUAACCGCCACGCUAACACGUUAAAACUAUGCCGUUUGUAGAUGGUUUAAAUACAGUACGUCAGGUUUUUCUGACACGGAAGUCGUCCGAGCCCCAAUGUGAAGGGUUCAUAUGAAGUGUAACGUGGUGGAAGGGUAGGAGCAGUGCAGCUUUAUGGGUAAUGCGGUUUCUGACCCGAAGCACUAAAUCAGAGUGAUUGUCGCCACAAAGCACUUCCAAGUUUACGGAGCAGAACUGAAACAGAAGCCCCGACUGGAGGUCGGGCAGCGAGGCAGGAGGUGGUUGAUGUGCGUCACGCUGUGAGCCACGAGGACUCUGGUGUGGAGGCCCGGAAGCAGCACGGUCUGCUCUGCCGGUGUUGGCUCAGCAGACGGUGGCGAUGUGAGUUGGAGACGGGAGCUGGCAUUCCUCGCACAUGCCCGCCCUACAAGUGCCAAUGCGCCUUGCCUUUUGUGUGCAUGUGUGUGUGUGCCAGCGUUCCUCCCAUUGUGACCUGAGACGACCCUCGUGGUGUCAGAUACACACAAGCACAAGUUUAUUUUGUAUUUUUUUUAUUCAUUUGUACCUUUGUAUACAAACCAUUCCAGCUGUCAACAGUUCUAAUUUUGUUCUGAUCCAUCUCUCCACGUGUAACCUCUGUGCCCGAACACGUAGCUCUUCAUCUUGUUUUAGUUUAGUUGUGAUCAUUAGUCGUGGUGAUGAUGGUUGAAUUAAACUGUGAAGAUGGUGACUGAAUAAAAACAAAGAAGCAAAGGCUUGUUGCAGA